AUGAUAAUUAUCAAUGAAAUUCUUAAAACGAAAGGAUUAGAUAUCACAGCAAAAGAUAACUCUGGAGAAACUGCUCUCCAUUUAGCAGCUAAAGGUAAUAGCAAAGCAUUAAUAAGACAUUUGGUUGAAAAUGGAGCAGAUAUCAACUCACACGAUGAUAUUGGGCGUUCUCCAAUACACAUCGCCGUCGAAAAUAAUAAAAAAUCAAUAAUUGCUCUCCUUAAAUCACUUGGAGCAGAUAUCAAUUCAAGAGAUAAUUAUGGAGAAACUCCUCUUCAUUAUGCACUUCAUCAAUGUAGAAAAGAAAUUGUAGAUUUUCUUAUUUCGCAAGGUGCAGAUAUCGAAGCAAAAGAUAAUAAUGGUCGAAAAAUAAUUCAUAUUGCUGCUGAAAAUGGCAGAGUUGGCAUUGUUGAAAAACUUAUCUCAUUAGGUGCAGAUUUAAAUUCAGCAGAUAAUCAAGGACAAACUCCCCUUGAUAUUGCUUUAAACUAUAGCCGUAAAAUUGCAACAAUUCUCAUGCAACAUGAUGCCGUCGAAUAA